UUCUAUGCUGGGCAGUUUCCUCUAAGUCUGAGUUCCUCAAGGGCUGGCUCUUAGGAGCUGUUAGGAAAAUCCAUUGCCAUGCAGGAGUCGGGGGACUGUUUUUUCAUUCCACCGGAAAUUGUUAAUGGGGACUGCCUUAGUGGCCCCUUAUUGCUUUGCCUGAUAGAGAGACAGCAGGUUCACCCAAGCAAUUCUGGAGCUCUGAUCACUGCCAAUUAGGGGAGCAUUGUCUGGCUGCCACAAUCAACUUCACGUGGGGACAUGGAAGCCAUUGCCAAGUUUGACUUCACCGCCUCAGGCGAGGACGAACUGAGCUUUCACACUGGAGACGUUCUGAAGAUCUUAAGUAACCAACAGGAGUGGUUCAAGGCGGAGCUUGGGAGCCAAGAAGGAUAUGUGCCCAAGAAUUUUAUAGACAUCCAGUUUCCUGAAUGGUUUCAUGAAGGUCUCUCACGACACCAGGCAGAGAACCUACUUAUGGGCAAGGAGAUUGGUUUCUUCAUCAUUCGGGCCAGCCAGAGCUCCCCAGGGGACUUCUCCAUCUCCGUCAGGCAUGAAGAUGACGUUCAGCACUUCAAGGUCAUGAGAGACAACAAGGGUAAUUACUUCCUAUGGACAGAGAAGUUUCCAUCUCUAAAUAAGCUGGUGGACUACUACAGGACGACUUCCAUCUCCAAACAGAAGCAGAUCUUUCUGAGGGAUAGAACCCGAGAGGAUCAGGGUCACCGGGGCAACAGCCUGGACCGAAGGCCCCAGGGAGGCCCGCACCUCAGUGGGGCUGUGGGAGAAGAAAUGCGGCCUUCCAUGAUCCGGAAGCUGUCGGACCACCCGGCACCGCCUCCCUCGCAGUACUCCCCGGCACCCCCGGCCCAGCAGCACCGCUAUCUGCAGCACCCCCACUUCCACCAGGACCGCCGAGGAGGCAGCCUUGACAUAAACGAUGGGCACUGUGGCAUGGGCGUGGGCAGCGAAAUGAACGCCGCCCUCAUGCACCGGAGACACACGGAUCCCGUGCAGCUCCAAGUGGCCGGGCGAGUGCGGUGGGCCCGGGCGCUCUAUGACUUCGAGGCCCUCGAGGAUGACGAACUGGGCUUCCGCUGCGGAGAGGUGGUCGAGGUCCUGGACAGCUCCAACCCGUCCUGGUGGACCGGCCGCCUGCACAACAAACUGGGCCUCUUCCCCGCCAACUACGUGGCACCCAUGAUCCGAUGAGGCCCUUCCCGGGGCGUCAGAGGCUGUCAUCGGAAGCUGCCUGCGGGAGAAGGGCAAGGAAGAGAAGCCGGGGCCAUCUACAGAUACGCACACGGGUGCGCGCACACGCACACACCUCUGCCUGUGUGCGCGCGCAUUUUAUAGUAGUAAUUUAUUGGCGAUUUCGUUGGUUACUUAGUUGAUAUGAAAGGAAGUCAGGCGAA